AUGGAAAUAGAAAAUAAAAAAUGCAAAAAUUGUUUUAUAACUUUUAUUCUUCUAUUUGUUUUAAUGCUAUAUGCCUUAGGAUCUAGAGGUCAAAAUGUUAAAAGUUUUAAAAGAGAAAAUGAAAGAACAAAUAAUGAAGGUUACAACAAUGAUAAUUUAUUAAAUAAAUUUUCUGAAAGUAAAAAGCAUAAUAAUAUAGAUACUUUAUAUGAUGAUGAUAUUAAGAAAAGUCUACAUGACAGUGAAGAUAAAAAUAUCCCUCAGGAAUAUUUAACAGAAACAAAUGAUAAAAAUUAUGAAACUUUUAUUUUAAAAAAAAAUUCCAAGAUGAAUAAUUUAGAUACACAUAGUAAAAAGUUAGAAUUUGUUAAUGAAAAUAAUAUUCAUAAAAAUGAUAACCAUUUAAAUGAAAAUAACUAUUUUAAUAAUUUUCUACCAAAUUUGAUAGAUGAAAAUGUAAAUUUAAUUUCCGGUAUACAUAAUUUUACUGGGGUUAAAAAUAAACAAAUUGAUGAUUUAAAAUACGAUUCUAGUUAUAUUAAAAAAGAGAUGUAUAAAUAUGAAAAUAAUGGAAAAGAAAAAGAAAAUGAGAAACAUAAUACUGAAAAAGAUAAAGAUCUUGAAGAAAGCAAAAAAAUAGUAAUGAAUAACAAUACUAUAUUAUACAAUAAAAAAAAAAAAAUAAAUAAUAUUGAUGAAGUGGAAUAUGAUUCAAAUGUAGAAAAUUUAAAAAAAAAUAAUAGUAAAAUUUAUGGUAGCAGUAGUAUUAAGGAAAAUAGAAAUGGUAGUUCCAAAAAUGAUUUUAAUGUAAAAUUAAUCUCAGAUAAUUUAGAUAGUCAUUUUUUUAAUAAUAAUAUAGAUGAAAAUAUAUCUAAAAGUGAUAAUAAUAUAAAUAAUAAUUUUUAUUCUAUAGGAAAAUCGAAUAAUUCUAAAAGUACAUCUUUAAAUUAUGUUAAUAGUAACACAGAAAUUUCAGGUAAUGAAGAUGAAAAUAUACUCGGUAAUAACAAUAAAAGUGAUAACGAAAAUAAUGAUAAUAAUGAAAAUAACGAUGAUAAUAAUGGAAAUAAUGAUAAUAAUAUUAAUAAUAAUGGAAGUAAUGAUAAUAAUAUUAAUAAUAAUGGAAUUAAUGAUAAUAUUAUUAAUAAUAAUGGAAAUAAUGAUAAUAAGAGUAAUGAUAAUAAUAAUAAUAAUGGAAAUAAUAAUAAUAAUGAAAAUAACGAUGAUGAUAAUAAUAAUAAUGGAAAUAAUGAUAAUAAUAUUAAUAAUAAUGGAAAUAAUAAUAAUAAUGAAAAUAACGAUGAUGAUAAUAAUAAUAAUGGAAAUAAUGAUAAUAAUAUUAAUAAUAAUGGAAAUAAUAAUAAUAAUGAAAAUAACGAUGAUGAUAAUAAUAAUAAUGGAAAUAAUGAUAAUAAUAUUAAUAAUAAUGGAAAUAAUAAUAAUAAUGAAAAUAACGAUGAUGAUAGUAAUAAUAAUGGAAAUAAUAAUAAUAAUGAAAAUAACGAUGAUGAUAGUAAUAAUAAUGGAAAUAAUGAUAAUAAUAUUAAUAAUAAUGGAAAUAAUGAUAAUAAUAGUAAUAAUAAUAAUAAUAAUGAAAAUAAUGAUCUUUAUGAGUCUGAUGAAAAGAAAAGGGAAAAUGAUGCAUUAAACUAUAAUUCAAAUAUAAACAAAAAUAAUUCUUUAAAGAAUAGUAUAUAUAUUGAUAAUAAUGAUAAUUUUAAUGGGGUGAUAUUAAACAUAUACUUUACUGAAAGUAUAAAUUUGUAUACAAAAGUAAAGGUAGGUGGUCAGUUAUUAAAUUUGUCCUUAAAUAGUAGAUUAGAAGGAAUUUACGUUUUUAUGAAAGAUUCUCAGGCAUGCUAUAAAAACGAUGUUGACAGAAAUUGCUAUGAUCCAAAUAUUUCAAAAAAAUCAACUUGGUGCAAUAAUGAUUUAAUAUGUUUACCUCCAAUUUUAACUAAACCUUAUGAAUGCUAUAGUGAAAACAUCUUAAAUAUUCAGAAUAAAGUAGAAUAUCCAAAUAUAUAUUAUGAUUCUUUAAAAUUCAGUGAAAGCCAUAUUGAAGGAUCAGAUGAUGUAGAAAUAAUAGAUAUAUUAAAUAAAAAUAGUACAAGUAGUAUUAAAGAAUUAUCCUUUUUUGAAAAUUCUAAUAUUAAGUUAGUAUUAGAUAUUACUUUUUAUAAAAACUGGAGCUUAUUUAAAGAUACUGAUGGGAUUUUAGGAUUAGCAGGAAAAGAAUUAGGUUGUAGAAAUUCUAGUGUAUGGAAUAAAAUUUGUGAAAAAAAUAAUUUAUUAUUUGCUUUUGAUAUAAACUUACCAGAAAAUGCUAUAGUAAAAUAUGUUCCUGAAAAAAAUGAAAAAAUAGUAAAAAAAAACGCAGGAAAAUAUAAAAAAUCUUUGAAUAAAGUUUUGAAAACUUCAGAACUUAAAAAAGGAUUAAAAAAUAAUCUUUGUAAAAAGGGAAUGAAAUAUUGCCAAUAUGAUCCAAAUUAUACUGACGAAAAAUUGGCAAAUAAUAAAAAAAAUAAUUAUAAAAAUAAAUAUGGAAAAAUACAAGUUACCAGUAAUAAGAAUAAUAUAUUUAAUAAAGAAAAUAGUAUCAUCAAUCAUGAUAGAAAUAAAUUAAAGGAGAAAGUAAAAAGCAAUCAUUAUGUAAUAAAUCCUGAUAUAAUUUCAUAUAAUUCAGAAAUACAUAUAGGAGAUUAUAAAAAAGAUUAUGGAUCAAUUAUAUGGGCAGAACCUAGAGAACGAGGUGGAAUUUUUUCUGACUCGUUUAUGCAAUUUACGAUAUAUAAUCUAGAAGUAUGCAAUAAAAAUAUAUUUGGGAAAUAUAGUAGCAACUGGCAGGGAGUUAUUGAUUUAAGUAGUAAAUGUUUGAUUUUACCAAAAAUGUUUUGGUUAAGUUUAAUGGAAUAUCUUCCAGUUAAUAAAAAUGACGAAAGGUGCAUACCGAAAAAUAAAAAUUUUGAGAUAAAUGAAAAUACAUUGCCUCGAAUGUGUUCUGUCAAUGAAAAAAACAGGCCACUACCAGUUUUAAAAUUUGUUUUUUCAGACAAUGAUAUUGUAAGUGAUAAUAAUAUAAAUAAUGUAGAAACUAACUUACAAGAAAUUAGCAUUCCUUUAGACAAUCUUAUUAUAAAUGAAAAUACUGAAAAUAAAAAUUAUUUAUGUAUUAUACCAGAUAUACAAGAAGGAAAAUCAAGUGAAAAUAGUGGAAGAACAACAAAACCGUUAAUAAAAUUCGGAACAUAUGUUUUAAAUAAUUUAUAUGUGGUAGUUGAUCAAGACAAUUAUAGAGUAGGAUUUGCACAAAAAAAAAGUUACUAUUAUUCAAAUGAUAAGUGCACGAAAAAAAUGGAAUGCAUAGGAGAUCAAAUGUAUGAACCUGCUUUGAAUAUUUGUGUUAAUCCAGAUUGUUCCAUAUGGUACUUUUAUAUGCUUAAUGAUGAAACAAAAAAAUGUGAAUCUCUUUCUCCAAGAUUUUAUUUUUUUAUAUUAAUUAUUUUAACAUUGUUAAUACUAGAUAUUCAAUCCUAUUACUUUUAUAGAAAAUCGGUGCAUGUUGCAAAAGUAUCGUCACGUUAA